ACAAACCAGAGAACAAGAAACCCCGCCUGACUUUUUUUAUUUCUCAGACUAUGAAAGGCAUAAUGCAGAAAUAGCAGCAUUUCAUUUGGACAGGAUCCUGGAUUUCCGUCGCGUGCCACCAGUUGCAGGUAGACUGGUUAACAUGACAAGGGAAAUACGAGAUGUUACUCGUGACAAGAAACUGUGGAGAACAUUUUUCAUCUCACCAGCCAACAACAUCUGCUUCUACGGGGAAUGCUCCUACUACUGCUCGACUGAGCAUGCCCUGUGUGGAAAACCAGACCAGAUCGAAGGGUCUCUGGCUGCUUUCCUGCCCGAUUUGUCUUUAGCCAAAAGGAAAACCUGGAGAAACCCUUGGAGACGUUCCUACCACAAGCGCAAGAAAGCAGAAUGGGAAGUUGAUCCAGAUUAUUGUGAAGAGGUUAAACAAACACCUCCAUAUGACAGUGGGACCAGAAUUCUGGAUAUAAUGGAUAUGACAGUUUUUGAUUUCCUAAUGGGUAACAUGGAUCGACAUCAUUAUGAAACCUUUGAGAAGUUUGGAAAUGAAACAUUUAUUAUCCAUUUAGAUAAUGGAAGAGGAUUUGGAAAAUAUUCCCAUGACGAACUUUCCAUAUUGGUGCCUUUAAACCAGUGCUGCAGAAUAAGGAAGUCUACCUAUCUGCGAUUACAGUUGUUAGCCAAGGAAGAAUACAAACUCAGUGUCUUGAUGAAGGAAUCUUUACUAAAAGAUAAAAUAGCUCCUAUUCUCUACCAGCCUCACUUGGAGGCGAUGGACAGGCGGCUGCGGAUUGUCCUCAAGGCUAUUAGUGACUGUAUAGAAAAGGAUGGUUAUAUCAAUGUGGUUGAAAAUGACUUUAACACUGAUGUUAACACUGUUACGACCGAGAGGUAGUGAAAUCGCGAGACUACGUUUUUACCAGCCAAGUAAAGAAGAUUCAAUGAGGAGGAAAAGAAAAAAAAAAAAAAA